GGGCGUGGAUGGUGGGGCAGAAUUGCCUAGUGGGUACGUGACCUCACGCCAGCCCCCUCACCCCCUCAGAGUGGUUCUUCUCUGCCAUGGACGCUGUCUUCCUGUGUGUGUACGUGCUGGAGGCACUGCUGAAACUCAUCGCCCUGGACCUCGACUACUUCCGCAAUCCCUGGAAUGACAUUGAUUUUUUCGUCAUGAUCAUGAUGGUGCUGGACUUUGUGCUGCCGCUCCUCAUCUCCCCGGGCCACAACACCCACGAGAACGCUGUCAGCCUCUUCCGCGUGCUCCGCGUCUUCAAGGGUGUCCGGGCUGUGCGGGUCCUGAGGCUGCUGCUCACACUGCGGGUGCUGGAGAACCUGCAGGAGCUGACAAGCACCUUCGCGCUGUCUGGCCCAUCCAUCGGGGCCAUCCUGCUGCUGAUGUUCACCUGCCUCUUCAUGUUUUCGGUGGUGCUGCAUGACCUGUUCCAGAACUCUGACCCCCAUCGCUUCGGGGAGCUCUUCGACACCAUCUUCACCCUCUUCCAGCUCUUCACGCUAGACGACUGGUCCUUCAUCUACCUGGACAGCGUCCAAGGGGGUGCCUCAUACAUUAUCUUCUUCCUGAUGGCCUACAUCCUCAUUGAGUACUUCACCUUCCUUAAGUGA